CCCCUCAGACUAGCCUGAAGCGUUCUGGAGGGGCUGCCCAAAGGGCCCAGCAGUGAGGGCCACUGGAGCCCAUCUCCGGGCAGGGCUGGGCAGGAAGUGGGGUGGGGUUUGGGGUGGAAUCUCAUACCCCAGGACUGCUACAACCCAGAUUAAUCAACCUCCUGACAGAAGAUGCCUGAGGGUACAGGAAAUUUCCAAGCUCUACCGGCCACCAUCCUCCUCUUCUUGCUGUCUGCAGCCUGCUUGGGACCUGGGUGCCAGGCCACCCUGUGGGUGGAAAAUGGCCCAACAUCAGUGACAGUGAGCCCUGGGGAUGAGGCCCGCCUCCAGUGCCGGAACAAUGGCAACAACUCCAAAGUCACUUGGUGGCACAUCCUCCAGGGGAACUACACAUGGCACCCCAAGUUCCUGGGUCACACCAAUGGCUCUGAGGGCGAGUGGAUUAUCUCCAAUGUGAACAAGAGUCACGGGGGCAUAUACCGCUGUCGAGUGGAAGAAAAGGGGACAUCACUGCACUCCUGUGGCACCUACCUUCGAGUGCGUGAGCCACCCCCCAGACCUUUCCUGGACAUGGGAGAGGGGACCAAGAACCGCAUCAUCACAGCCGAGGGCAUCAUCCUGCUGUUCUGCGCAGUGGUACCUGGGACGCUGCUGCUGUUCAGGAAGCGCUGGCAGAAUGAGAAGUUUGGGGUGGACCCUCGGGAUGAUUAUGAAGAUGAAAAUCUUUAUGAGGGCCUGAACCUCGAUGACUGCUCCAUGUACGAAGACAUCUCCCGGGGCCUCCAGGGCACCUACCAAGAUGUGGGCAGCCUCCACAUUGGAGAUGUCCAGCUGGAGAAGCCAUGACCACCAGGCUCCCACAUCAGGAUGCCCUGCCUGCUGUGCACCCCGCUCCAGUGUCUCUCCUCACUCCUCUGGAACAUCCCUGUCCUCCUCCCAGGGAGCUUCCCCUGGAGGAUCCCUAUCCCCACCUAAACCAGUUCUCCCCCUGCUAUCUUUCCCAGGCUCCCUCCCCAGUGGGUAAUGAGCCCUUAAUCGCUGCCUCUAGGGGAGCUGAUUGCAGCAGCCUCUUAGUGUCACCCCCUCCUCCCAGAUCUGUCACGGCCACUUAGUGAUAAUAAAUCCUCCCCAACUGCA